UGUUCGUGUGAGCGUCGUCUCGUGCAGCAACGGGAUUUGUUGCUCUGCUGCUCUGUGCACGCGUCGUGAAUUCCAAAAACUGCUCCCGCGCGCGCACGACGAUCGUCGUUCGCUUUACUUUUAGUGUGAACCGAUUUUUGGUGUUUUUUUUUUAUACUCACGAGACUAUCCCGUCCCACUAUUGUUUCCGUGCACGUUUGUUGUGUUAUUGUGCCCGUGUGUGUUUGUGUGGCUACAAACGUGCAGAGCGUGUGUUUUGCGGUUUUGUAUCGCGAUCGUGCUUUUGUGUUGUGCGUGGCCGACUUACGCUUGGUGCUGCGUGUGCCCUUGGCGUACCGCUGUCCGGCCAUAGCUACCGCUAGGUCGACGAUCAACCAGUGGAAGCAAAAGCAAAAAAAAAACGGCUGACCUGGCUUCCAUUCAUCUUCGUCUUUCUCGUCGUCUUCGCACAAUCAAACAUUCACAAUCCAGACCAACAUCCAGUCCAUCCACAACAUAAACGGAAAGAAAACGGAAAAGACAGUUUUGGUUCGGUGGAUGGGUUUUGGGUUCGCGAUUCCCAGAACGGAGCAGCUUGUUCCACCCUCUGCGCCAGGUGCGCGAGGUGUUUGGUUGCCUUGUCCUGCCCUGCCCUGCCAGCAAUCAAAAAGGUUCCCGGAAUUCAACGAAUUGCCGCGAUCACCAACCCCAUCGACCGUAUGUGUGUGUGUGUGUACCUCCGUGUGUGUGAUUCAUCAGCACAACUAGCGCAGCGAGGGUGUGGUGUGGCGUACGUAGCUGCGUGGCUAGCUUUGGGGGCACUUGCCAAUAAGACGCUACGGGAGCGAUUCUGCAUUCCUGGUACAGUACACUCCCGGAGUACAUGAUGGGCCUCUGCCAAAGUGCAAUCGUCGUUGGCGUCGUUCUAGACUGCGCUGCCAGAUCACUUUAACGGUUUCCCUGGCUGUGACGAGUGACAAGAACAGGAAAGGAAAGGAUCAGGUCUGAGAGAGAAAGAGCGAAAGAGAGAGAGAGGCAAAAGUGCAGUGCAUUCAGACUCGAGAAGUGUGUGUGCGAGUGUGUGCGAGCGCGUACCAUUAAUCUGGCUGUCUGGGCUGCGGCCUAUGAAUGUGUGUGUCCUGUCCGUGCGGUGCUAUUGCGGGUUCGCAGGCUAAACUGUGCCCCAGAGUGCAUCUUUGUUCACGCCGAGGCUCCGAGUAACGCCACUGUCCUAAAUAUUUCGUCUGGAGGCAAAAACAUAGCAAAAACGAAACCCAUACACACGACGGCCAGCUGAGCAGCGGUCCACGGUUGCUCUCUGAAGAAGGUUGGGGCGGUGCUCCUCGCAUACCAGCACUGGCGCACCACGGGCCGUCUGAAAUAGUAGUUGCAGUACCAGCAGCAGCAGCAGCAGCAGCAGCGGAAGGCCACUUGACACUGUCAACCGUACGUCAGCCAUGCACCGGAGCUGCCGGCGACUCGGACGAAAUCGACACGACGAUGUUGCAGGACGAAGCAAUCCUGGCGCGCCGGCGACGCAGACGCCGACAGCAAAAACAAAUAAAAUUGCUGCAGCAGCAGCAGCAGCAACAACAACAGCAAUCAUCGAUGCUGAUUGUUGAACCUUCUCGAACAGCAGCCGCCCGGUUGCAGGCGGAAACGGCACCACGGAUGGAGGAUGAUGAUGAUGCAGCACAGCAGAUGCCGUGCGGCCUGCUGCAACCACCACAGCACCGGCUACGAUUGUCUUAUCACCAUCGAAGCAACCGAACGCGUUGGCCACCGGCGGCGGUUGCCGGCAUCCUUGCCCUCUGUUACGUACUGACUAGCAGCUCGACCUUAGUGGCUGGCUAUAGCACGGAUACGACGUCGCUGCUGCAGGCACCACGCUUCACGACGCAACCCUCCUCAUCCGGUUCGAUCGUGAACGAGGGCCGCACAAAAAUACUCCAGUGUCACGCAUCGGGUUACCCGCAACCGAGCUACCGGUGGCUGAAGGAUGGUGUCCCGGUCGGCAGUUUCAGCAACAGCCAGUACCUCAAGAUCCAGAACAUUACGCGCGAGAGUGCCGGCUCGUAUCAGUGCGAGGCGGAGAACCGGGCCGGCACGAUCUUCAGCGAGAAGAUCGACGUGGUCGUUGCCUACAUGGGUGUGUUUACGGAUCUCGCGGAGAAGGUGGUAUCGGUAGCGGCGGGCUAUCCGGCCAUCCUGAAUCUGUCUGCCAUCGAGUCGGUACCGGCACCGUCGGUGACGUGGCAAACGGACGAGGGUCCGCUGACCUACGACAUCAAGUACGCGCAGACGGCCAACAACCAGCUGAUCAUCCUGAGCACGGACGAGAGUGACAUUCGGGCGUACCGGGCGCGUGCCAUUAACACGCAGAUCGGCCGCGAAGAAAUCACCGGGUUCGUGCGGCUCAACGUGACCACCGAUGGCAGCGGAAGCGGUAGCAGCAGCCCGUACGCCGAGAUAGCGCCGGAAAUUAUCGUGCACCCGCGAAGUGUACAGGUGGUUCGCGGGGCCGAAACGGUCGAGCUGGAGUGCAUUGCGAACGCACGGCCCCUGCACGAGCUCGAGACGGUUUGGCUGAAGGAUGGCAUUCCGAUCGAGAACACUGGCAUCCUGUUCGCGCAAACCGACCCAUGGAACCGCACCAUCACGCUCCUGCACGUGAACCUAACGCACACGGGCGAGUACACCUGCCAGGUUCGGAUGCGCACCGGUGGUCACCCGACCGUCUUCUCGAUGGCCCGCGUCACGGUGCAGGAACCGCCUACGUUCGUGACACCGCUCCGUACCGAAACGCUCGGUGAUUACGGUUCGCGCAUCAUCCUUCCGUGCGAUGUGAUUGGGGUGCCGAUGCCGUCGAUCCGCUGGUACAAGAAUGCACAGCCGAUUGAGGCGCAGGGUGUGGGUACGGGUACCCGGUACACGGUGCAGGAUGACAACUCGCUCGAGAUACUGCGGCUGAGCAUCGACGAUACGGCCAUGUUUCAGUGUCUGGCGUCAAACGAGGCCGGCGAACGGUCUGUCUAUACCUGGCUAAAGGUGAAAACUUCGAUGCCGAUCAUGGAGGUACCACCAGCGAACCAGACGGUGCUGGACGGGAAGGAUGCCACCAUCAGCUGCCGUGCGAUUGCCGCACCGACACCCAACAUCACCUGGCUGUACAACGAUACCUACCCGAUCGAGUCGUCCGCCAGGGUGCAGGUGCUGGAUUCGGGCGAUCUGCUGUUGUCGAACGUCAGGGAAUCGGACAGUGGCCUGUAUACGUGCUUCCGGGAGAACGAAGCGGGCCGCAUCACCGGUUCCGGUUACCUAACCGUUCUAGUAAGGACACAGAUCGUUCGCCCACCAGCCGAUACGAUCGUACUACUCGGUCACUCGGCCACUCUUGAGUGUGGCGUUUCGAGCGAUCCGACUGUGCCGUACAACAUCGAUUGGUACCGGGAACCGAACCGCUUACCGAUCAAGAACAGCCAUCGUAUCGGUGUGCGGGGCGAUGGGACGCUCGAGAUUACCGAGGUUCGACCGUCGGAUGUUGGGCAGUACGUGUGCAUCGUGACGUCACCGGGUGGCAACGAGACCCGGUCGGCUCGGCUGAGCGUCAUCGAACUCCCGUUUGCACCGUCGAAUGUGCGGGCGGAACGGCUUAGCACACCACAGCACCGUGCCAUCAACGUGUCGUGGACGCCCGGCUUCGACGGAAACAGCAAGCUGAUCAAAUUCAUCGUGCAGCGGCGCGAGGUACCGGAGCUCGGUCCACUGCCCGAUCCGCUGUUGAACUGGGUAACGGAGUCGGCGAACGUGUCGGCCACUGUGCGCUGGUUGUUGCUCGCGAACUUGAAAGCGGCCACCGCGUACCAGUUCCGCGUAAGCGCCGUCAAUCGUGUCGGCGAAGGUUCGCCGUCGGAGCCGAGCAACGUGGUUCGGUUGCCGCAGGAGGCACCGUCUGGUGGGCCGGUUGGUUUCGUCGGUUCGGCCCGCUCAUCAACGGAGAUCAUCGUCCAGUGGCAGCCACCAUUGGAGGAGCAUCGAAAUGGGCAGAUCCUGGGCUACAUCAUCCGAUACCGGCUCUUUGGUUACAAUGCGAGUCCAUGGAACUACCGGAACAUUACGAACGAGGCCCAGCGCAACUAUCUGAUUCAGGAACUGAUCACCUGGAAGGACUACGUGGUUGAAAUUGCCGCAUAUAACAACAUGGGGGUCGGUGUGUACAGCGAGGGCGCGAAGAUCAAAACGAAGGAGGGCAUCCCGGAGGCGCCACCGACAGGCGUGCGUACCGUCGCCUUCAACUCGACAGCCGUGCGCGUCUGGUGGACGCCACCGAACCCGCAGCAAAUCAAUGGCAUUAACCAGGGCUACAAGCUGCAGGCGUGGCGUUACGAAUUGCCGUCGGCUCCAGGAACGGACGAUGCAGGUCCGCUAGAGCAGGAAAUGCGGACGCUGACGGUAGCACCGAACCUGCUCGACCCGCUGGCCGAACAGAGCGCAAUCCUCGGCGGGCUGGAAAAGUACACCGUCUACAAUGUGACCGUGCUAUGCUUUACCGAUCCAGGCGAUGGAGAACGGAGCGUACCAUCGACCGUGCGCACACUCGAGGACGUUCCGGACGAGGUGGCAUCACUGCAGUUUACCGGUAUCUCCGACCGGGCAGUCACCGUGCUAUGGGAUCCACCUCGGCGCACCAACGGUAUCCUGCUGGGCUACCAGGUGCGCUACUACGAGCGCGAUUCGGGCCCGGGCACAGCCCGCACGGUCAAUCUGACGGCCGAGGCAAAUAGUCUGCAGGUGACACACCUGACGGCCACCACGCACUACACUUUCGAGGUGAACGGGUGGACGGCGGUCGGUGAGGGGGUAUCCAAGGUGGCAACCAUCCAGUCGGGGAUCGAGCCGGUGCUGCCACGUCCACCGUACCAACUGGCCUUGUCCAACAUUGAGGCGUUCUCGGUGGUGAUACAGUUCACGCCCGGCUUCGACGGCAACUCGUCGAUCACGCGAUGGAUCGUCGAGGCGCAGACAGCUCGCAACAUGACCUGGUUCGUCGUACACGAGGUAAACGAUCCGGACGCGUCAACCGUGACCGUGCUCGGUCUGACGCCUUUCACCUCCUAUCGGCUGCGCCUCAUCGCGUGUAACGUGGUUGGUCGCUCCGAGCCGUCCGAGCCGACUAAGGACUUCCAGACGAUUCAAGCACCCCCGAAACAUCCGCCAUUCAAUGUGACGGUGCGAGCGAUGAGCGCGAAGGAACUGCGCGUACGCUGGAUACCUCUGCAGCAAAGCGAAUGGUACGGAAAUCCUAAGGGUUAUAACAUCACCUACCGAAACAUCAACGAGGCGGCGGAUGAUGACGCGUCGCUUGCAUCGCUUGCUGCUGGUGGUGGUAGUUCCGGAGCAACCGGAGCCCUUGGUGGUGGGUUGCGGAGUGUCCUAAUCGAAGAUUCGACGGCUAACUCGCACGUACUAGAGGGCCUGAAAGAGUGGUCGGUGUACGAGGUGGUCAUGACGGCAGUUAAUGAGGUUGGCGAGUCACAAGACAGUCCGCACGCGUUCGAGCGAACACGCGAGGGCGUACCAUCGAUGGGACCGGCCGUGGUCGAAGCAAACGCUACCUCGUCCACCACGAUCGUGGUCCGAUGGCACGAGGUACCGAAAGUCCAUCGUAAUGGCCAGAUCGAGGGCUACCGUGUGUACUAUGGUUCGAUCGGUCGAACACCCAUCCUGCACAAGACGAUCCCUAACAACAGCACUUUCACGGCAACGCUGACAGAGCUGCGCAAGUUCGUACCGUAUGAUGUGCAGGUGCUAGCGUACACGCGACUCGGUGACGGUACACUCAGUACACCACCGGUGCGUGUGCAAACGUUCCAGGAUACGCCCGGUGCCCCAUCGAACGUUUCUUUUCCGGACGUUUCGUUCAGCAUGGCACGCAUCAUCUGGGAUGUGCCAGAUGAGCCGAACGGCGAGAUCCUGGCCUACCGCGUCACCUAUCUACUCAACGAGUCGCACAGCCUUAACUUCACACAAGAGUUCCCACCCUCCGACCGUACGUUUCGCGCGACACAGUUGCUUGCCGAACGUUACUAUAUGUUCAGCGUGACCGCACAGACGCGGCUUGGCUGGGGCAAGACGGCGUAUGCGCUCGUUUACACCACCAACAACCGGCAGCUGCCGCAGGCAGCUUCCGAACCGCAGAUCUCUCGGUCGCAGGUGCAGGCGGAGCAGAUAACAUUCAGCUGGACGCCGGGCCGGGAUGGGUUCGCGCCGCUCCGCUACUAUACGGUGCAGCUGCGCGAAAACGAAGGCGCCUGGAGUACGUUGCCGGAGAGAGUUGAUCCGUCCGUUACCUCCUAUACGGCCAGCGGUCUCAAGCCACACACGUACUACCAGUUCCGAAUUCGAGCGACCAACGAUCUCGGUCCGUCGAGCUAUAGUCCCGAGAGCGUGCAGACGCGGACGUUACCAGCUGCCCCGUCCGCGGGUAUUACCGGACUAAAGGUGGUACCAAUCACGACAACCAGUGUGCGUGUGCAGUGGAAUGCGCUUGCCACGAGUGCCUGGAACGGGGAUACUGAAACCGGUGGCUAUCGGAUAUUGUACCAGCCGCUGUCGGACUUUCCAUCGACAUUGCAAAGCACUCCGAAGCUGGAUGUACCGGGGGUGCGCGAGGUGUCGGCCGUGCUGACCGAGCUAACACAGGAUCGCAACUACGAGAUCAUCCUGCAGCCGUACAAUUCGCAAGGAUCGGGACCCCCUACGCCACCGGUUGCUGUGUACGUUGGCGAGGCGGUACCGAUCGGGGAACCGCUGAACAUCGAGGGUGUGGCUCUCUCGUCGACUGAAGUACGGUUGCGCUGGAGUCCACCGCAGCAGAGCACCCAGAACGGGGAGCUGCUCGGCUACAAAAUCUUCUAUCUCGUCACCAACACAUCGGAGGAUGAAUCGCUCGCUGCCAUCGGGGGUGCCGACGGAGGGGACCACCGGAAGCCGCCCGAAGAGGAAAUCGAAGUGGUACCGGCUUCCUACACCAUGCACAAUCUCGUUUUUCUGGACAAGUACACCGAAUACCGAAUCCAGAUACUAGCGUUUAAUCCGGCUGGCGAUGGUCCCCGAUCCGCACCGAUCACCGUGCAGACACUGGCCGGUCUGCCGGGUCCACCGACCCAGCUGCGCUUCAGCGACAUUACCAUGAAUAGCCUUAUGGUCAGCUGGGAACCACCACGCAAGCGUAACGGGCUCAUCCUAGGUUACAUCGUUGCAUACGAGACGACCGAGGACAAUGAGAAAUUCAGCAAGCAGGUAAAGCAGAAGGUGACCGGCACUAGUCUUAUGGUGCAGAAUCUGGAAGAGGAAGUCACUUACACGUUUACGGUGCGGGCACAAACCAUUGAUUAUGGACCAGCAAUCAGCGGCAACGUCACAACCGGACCACAGGAGGGUUCGCCCGGUUCACCACGCGAUCUCCUGAUCGCCAAAUCGCAGGCUAGCGUUGAUAUGCAGUGGCUCAACGGACAGUCGGGCAAAGGGCCAAUCCUUGGAUACUACAUUGAAACGAAGAAGCGCGAUGAUCUGCGGUGGGAGACGGUUUCGCGUACGAGUAAUGGCCCGAUGGAAGAGUUCACCGUUAGCUUUCAGAACCUGCUGCCCUCGACUGCCUACAAGUUCCGCGUUAUCGCCUACAACCGAUACGGUAUCAGCUGCCCCGUCUACUCCGACGAUGCAGUACUCACGCCAUCAAAGCUCUAUCUCGAAUAUGGCUACCUGCAGCUGAAACCGUUCUACCGGCAGACCUGGUUCAUGGUGGCCCUUGCCGCUACCUCGAUCGUCAUUGUCAUCAUAGUCGUUGCGAUACUAUGCGUGAAGAGCAAAAGCUACAAGUACAAGCAGGAAGUACAGAAAACGCUGGAGGAAUCGAUCGCGAUGUCGAUUGACGAGCGGCAGGAGCUGGCCCUCGAGCUAUACCGCUCCCGGCACGGUAUGACUGGUAACGGUGGUGGAAUAAUGGGCGGUGGUAGCGGAGGCGGAGGUACCGGAACGAUGAUGCUGCACAGCACGCUAGGACGGCGCACUGGUACGAUACUUGGGCGUAAGGGUGGCGGCGGAGGUCCGUCAUCGAGUGCGGCAGCAGCAGCGGCCGCGGCCUCGCUCGGAAAAUCGCCACCACGGCCAUCACCAGCCUCCGUCGCAUACCACAGUGACGAGGAAAGUCUCAAGUGCUACGACGAAAACCCGGACGACAGCAGUGUCACGGAGAAACCGUCGGAGGUGAGCUCCAGCGACUCACAGGCCUCUGAGAGUGAAAACGAAAGUGUCCGCUCGGAUCCACAUUCGUUUGUCAACCACUACGUGAACAAUGAUCUACUGCGGCAGUCAUGGAAGCGACAAAAGCCGGUGCGCAACUACUCCAGCUACACUGACUCCGAUCCGGAGGGUUCGGCCGUGAUGAGCCUGAACGGGGGUCAAAUCAUAAUGAACAAUAUGGCCCGGUCAAGAGCCCCGCUGCCUGGAUUCAGUUCAUUUGUGUGAGGAAGCAACGUAUGGCAUCGCAGCCGCGAUAACUGCUGAAGCACACUUAAGAGGGACGGCACUCCUACAACGAUGAGAUUCCUUUCGAUUACUUAGCAAACUGCCAACAGAACAACGCAAAGACUACGCGUUGUUUCGUUUUUUUUUAUCAAUCAUUUACCAAUCAAUCCCUCCAAUGCUCAUGUCGUUUUUGUGGGUUUCUCUCUACUUGUCCCCCGCGCAAGAACUAGGUAGAUCAAUCAAUGAAAUGCGAACCCCAACCGGGGUACGCUACGGCGGAAUUCGUUGGAAUUCUUUUUUAAUCUCUGAGUCUCGGUAGCUACACUAUAAUCUAGGGGUAUUACGUUUGCGUGCUAAUGUUGAGCGAUGAUGUGUUAGAUGUGAUGUAGGCGGAGUACGCUCUCGAUGUGACACAGCUUAUUAUCUCGCCACGAAUGUAGAAUCGAAGAAGCAGAUACACAUCAGUGUUGCUCCCAUGCGAGCAUGUCUGCUACUUAACCAAAUUCUGAUUCCCGGCGCAAAGGGAAGAGCAAGGGCGCACCACGGGGAAAUUAUUUCUCCGGGGAUGGAGUGAAAUUUUUGUUUUUUACUGGAAAACUAACCUUAAAUAUCGUAGCUAGAAAAUAAGUAAACAAGCGGCCUUGUAUCUUAAUUCAUGUGUCGAUAGAGCGCUCCGAUCUUGAAGCAGGGUGAUCCAUUACUUAAAACGAAAACGAGAAAGCCGAAGACACAAUGGAGCCCUAAAGUGAACUGAACGGCGGAUCCAAACGAUAGUGGAAAGUGUUUCGGGGGAAAAGGAUAGAAUGGCUACUAGUAAAUGGUGUGAUGAUGCCGCAUUAGUGGAUUAACAAAAAUGGAAACAUAUCUUGAUGUGAUAAUCAUAAUUGUAUGCGAUGCCGAUGCCGACGCCAACGCGAACCGACUGCACUGUAUCUCUUACCCACGCUGUGGCUAUCGAAUGGUACGGGUGCCUGUAGGAUUGAGUUGCGAAGGUGUUGGAGCUCGUGUUCGACUGCAGGCGUUCGAGCGAAAUAUGGAAGCGAAAGGAAACGCAAUAGGCAAUAGGGGAAGAUACGCAGCAGUUUAAUAGGCAAACGGUAAAUAGCAGGCCGUGGGAAACCGUGGCGAACCUAGAGUCGUGUAGCUUUCUUUUACUGGCCUUCCUACUUUUUUGACGAUUUUUUAAAUGUAUAUCAACACUUUUCGCAAGUAAAAUAAUCGAAUCGACCUAAGAAAGAAGCCAUUUUCGUAAGUAAAAGGAAUAAAAAGAAUGAAUUGAUAUACUAUGUAUACUGGCGGAAUAAUUGUAGGUGAAAACAAAAUAAGAAUAAAGGGUAACACACCAUUCAUAAACGUGUGGUA